GGCUCAGCUUCAGACGCGUAUGUGUGAGCAACACUUCCCUUUUGUCCCUGCUAGAGGUCCUGAGCGUAAUGGCGGCUCCGAAGUGGCGCCUCCCCAAGCGGUCUGCCGACGGCGAGGCCGCGGGCGCUCCCGCCCUCGGCAAGGCCGAGCCACCCCCGCCCAGGCAGGGCGGAGGCGCAGCCGCGGGGUCUGGGGGACCGAGCGCCGCCGCAGCCAGCGGUCAGCAGGAGAACGCCGCUCAAGACAAAGGGGACCAUAAUGAUCGCAAACGACACCAGGGCAAAGUCAAGGACAUGGUCUUCAACAAGAAGCAAGCGGCCAUCAACGUGAUGAUCAAGCAGGUGCUGCUCACCACGCAAAUGGUUCGGGACCUGUGGGCCGCGGGCUUGGACGCGUUCUUCAUGGGCGCGGACGCGCCAGAGGUGGCCGCAGCCAGCGAUUGCGGGGUGACGUAUUCACACGAAGUCCGAGCCCGUGUUUUGCCGUGGCAGUGUGGCUCGAACUGGCAAGUCCUGGCCCUCGGGGGUGAGGCUCAUACGUCGCGUUUUGCCGUGGCAUUGCGGCUCGAAAUUCAAAUCCUGGCCUUCGGGGGUCAGGUUCCGUCGCGUUUUGCUGCAGCUCGAACUGUCACCUGGCAUGGCUUCUACGCCGCUCAUUGUCAAUUCGUCACUUGGGCGUUUUUUUUUUUCCUGUUUUUCCGUAUCUGGUGCUGUUGACGGGCUGUCUUUAAGAGUUCGCUGAUUUCAAGGAUAUCGGCCUAGCGCUGUGCUUCGUCGGGGACAUGCCAACUUCACGCAUUACUCUGGCAUCGGCCUAGCGCUGUGCCUCGACGGGGGCGUCGUCGCGUCCAAAGGUGACUAUGAGGCUUCCGACCAGGUGCGCGGCGUGCUCGUUUAGGCCGGCCUUUUGUUGUAUCGCAGCGCUCGCUGCUGGGUGAGUCUCUGAUUGAUGAACCGCCGACCCUGGGGGGCCCCUUCGCUGCUUCUGCGGUUGCCCCCGCUCCCUUCGC